AGUGAUUUCCAUGAUGCCUACCGAGUCAUCACCAAACGAACGGUGUAGAUAGAUAACCUCACACUGAUUUCAGCAAGAUUAAAACAUUUUAAAACUAUGCCUCUAUAACAUGAUAGAAAGCCACAGAUGUGUAUUAACUGGAUGUCGUCCUAGUGUAUUUUUCACCCACUGUAAUUCUUAAAAUUUAUCGGGACUCAAUAUUCACACAGAAAACAAAGAUGGAUGCAGGAAUAUAUGUUCCGAUCAGUUCACUAAACACCAUAUUAAAUCACCUAUACAUCUCCACCGGGAGACUUCUAAGAGCCUUUAAGAUAUAAGUUGAAUUUGGGAGGGAUCAUAGAUCGCUGGAGACAUUUUCUGUAUACUUUCAGUGAGUUUCCCAUUUGAUUUCUGGGGCCCACUGUGGGAUUGCUUUCCUACGAAAGACACUUGAGUGUUGCUGAGAGACCCUAUGUUAUAAUCAUGUCUUUGCUCUCAUUCUUCUCUGUGUAUUUAAUAUACAGUUAAUACUCUCCACAUAGUGAAUGCGGCUAAACGCUGUUUUCUGCCAUGUUUUUGUUAAUUACCUGCUUCGAGUUAACAUGGAGACGGUGGCAGUUAAUUGUGAGACGUCACAGGUUCUGUGUAUGUCAUUUGUACAGCCAUAAAGUAUCUAGAGACCUUUUAGGAAUAAAACACCAUGUAAAUGUAAAUUAUCACCGCCUAUAAGACACUUUCAUUAAUUUCAUAUCAAAUUCAUGAGUGUUUUGAGCUCUGGGGUUUCAGAGACUUUCGUAUCGGCCUCUGGUUUAUUUGCACUUCCUUGUCCUAGACUUUAAAUGUCAUCAGCAAAGCAGGGGCAGAUAUCAGGAUUUGACCCGUAUGGCCUCGGUCACUUUUCUGUGCCUCAGUUUCCUUUUCUGUUAAAUGGUGUUCAUGCUGUCUGCCUCAACAGCUGCCGUAAAGUUUAGUCAGGUAGAGUACACAGUUCAUAGAGCAUUCUGGGUCGUGGCUUCUGUAUGGUGAGCCCUGAGCUCUUCUGACUCAGGUAGGGCAUGAAGAGAGGAUUCUAUAUGAUCACCAGUGUGUAUUUUCAUUACCCUGAAAUGUCUAGCUACCCCUUAAUGGAGUAGCCCUUCCACUGUAAUAGAAAAGAAGAAGCAGAAAUUAAUAGGUUAAGCACGGGUAGGUUGGAGUUGGGACAGGGACAGAAAUUGAUUCUGAGUCAAGCAUGUUUACCAUGAGUUCCCUAACCCGAUGCUUGAGAACAAAAGGCCCAUUCUUCAGUUCAGAACGAGGAUUAGCAGGGAAGUAGCUAGCUGGUGUCGUCCUAUGGAAUCAGGUAAUUUUUUUAUCAAGGCUUUGAGCAGGAGGUGGCGUUCCACUAUACAGGUGCUCCCUUUUCAAUGGUGGGUUUUGUUUUGUUUUUUAAUCUUCCACCUGGGUAGAAGUGUUAAAGGAGCCCUUUACAAUUCAGGGGCCACAGACCCCGGUACGAUACAGUUAUCUUGCUGACGAACCACCAAAGGAUGUGCUAUGCCCCAGCUUGCCUUUAGAAACCAUAGAGAGAAGUGGCUCAUAUCUGACUGUGAAGCUUUCCCCGUGCCUCUAAACUCUCCUGUGAGCCCAGGAUCCAGCACAGGUGACACCCCUUGUGAGUGGAAUUGGUUCCUGAGUCCGUUUCCAUUGUCAUCCACUCUUCCUGUGACAGAAUGCUAUGACAUGUUGGAAGGAAAGUCAGACACGCCAAAUGACAAAUCAUAGAUUACCUGAAGAUCGAAUCUGGGUUCUUCAGAUAGUUACAAACUGCACUGCCUCCAAGUAGCAGCAACAAUAAUAACAACAUUUCCUACUGCUCUUGGGGAUAUUAUGUUAAGAGAUUACCAUCAGGGUCAGCAAAAAUGCUGGCCCUAAAAAUUGCAAAUGGCUGAUAUUUUCUGCUGAGAUUGUUUUUUUCGGGGCAACAGAAAGAAGGAAGUGAAUCCUUCAUUGAUUGCCAUGUGGUGCCAUUUUUUAGCAAUCAGAUUUAAAUAUUGAUUUUACCCACAGUCUAGGCUUCCUCCGGACAAUGCCCAUGUUGACUUCCUGGAUCACUUGCUCUCUGUGGAUACCGACCUGUCUUAGACAAGAGCCUGCACGUUGAUCUCCUUUGUCUCCAGGAUUGAUUGACGGGUGCUGUGUCUGCUCAUUUACAGCAUUCUUCGUAUUUAAUUGGGGGGAAAACAUUGUGACACAGCAUUAAUGUCACUUAUAUACAUAGAGCACGACUGCCGGAGAAGAGGAGUAGUUUAGCAUGUGGACUUAGCUCUCAGUCAUUCAGCCAUCUCAACAUCCCUCCUCGGGUCAGACCAUUUGUCUCCUGCACGGAAAUUGUUACCAGCAGCAAAAAUCUAACAUUUGGUCUUCUUAGAUUUAAAAAAAUGACUCGAAUGCCUGAUAAGAUUUGUUCCUCAUAUCUGUUUCACAAGCCUCUCCCCUCCCCCCACCCCAAUUUAUGGGCACAUAACAAAUGUUACUAACGGGUUCUUUUAGUUUUUAAAAUAUGGAUGACAACGGUACUCCGUGCAGUAAAAGACUUGAGCGAUUAAUGCUACCCUUUUGCCUCUUUUGAGUAGUUUUAGCCAUGGGGCUUGGCACUGGCACCGCUGUCUUCGUGCCAAAAAAAUAUCCACAGCGGCUGUCACAUUCUAGUACUGGACGGUUGUCUUGAGAACUCUUCGGUGAGCGUGGCGGGGUCCGCUCAUCGCCACCAUCUCCCUUCUGACAUUGGAGAAAUGGAGUCCCAAGCUCCUUCAAAGCACUCGCCGUGGUCCCGGGGCUGAGGGUGACUGGUGAAUAAUGGAGAGAGAAGGGAACAGGCUCUCCUCCUCCGUGCCAGCCAGUUGAUGUAAGUGACAAGAUCCAAGGCGGCAUAGAGGAGACACAGAUAUUGGCCCUUUGUAUUCCAGAGCACACACAGCUACCUAAGGGCCCCACUCAUACCUUUUCAGUGAGCUUCAAAGUUUCAUUAUCUUGAAACGAACAUUCCAUUGAAUUCGAAACAGAAAAUCCGUAUCAAGUCCAUGCCCAAUUUUCAAUGGACAACCGACGCAGAAUACAGACAUGGCUCUUUCUUCCCCCACUGCAAACUGAGGUGACAUUUUAAAAAUGGCUGCUUUUAUUUUUAUCAUUUGAAAUAUGAUAGAACUAAAAAGAUCUGAUGUUUCUGAGGUCCUGGGGCUUUGUCCACAAUCCCUGAUUAUUUUGCUCCCAAACCAGGGUUUUGGGUUCUGAGGGCAGAUUUAUAGUUGAAUUUGGGAACAAAAAAAAAGCUGCAAUAAAGUUAAAGGCUUACACUAUUAGAAUGAAAUGUGUUCGCUCAUGAUCUCUGCAGUGAUCUAUUUGAUGGUAAAAGGGGAUGCUACGGAUGAAACCUUCACAAGGAACAUAAUCCUUGGGAAAAAAAAAAAUUAGUCCACCUCCCAGCCUCCCGCUAGCUGUGCUGCCUCUUUGGUACCUCACAGACUUCGACAGAGUCCUGGACGGGUGCCCGUUGAUGUCAUGGAAACACUCAAAUUACGGGAGAGUGAUUCAUGUCUGUGCUGGUCUCUUAUCCUCCCCCUCACAAACAGGAGUAGAUUUUUAACCCUGACAACUUGUAAUUUGCAGUGGGUUUAUUUUUGUAUCUGGAUAAAUAUUUUUUAACAAGCAAAAUUAAGAUUAAGCAGCCUGUACCUGAUAUGAUAGAAAGGAAUGCUGGGCCGGUGCAGCCAAGAGCACUUCGGGGACGCUGCCUCGUGAACUCGUAUUUUCCUCCGCCCGUCUCUGGCCUCUUUCCCUCCCUUCUGAGCCCAUUGCUCUCUCUUUUUUUUUUUUUUAUUCCUCCUGUCUUUCUUCUCCAUACCCCAUUUCUCUUUCACUCUCUGGUUCUUGUGUUUCCCCCUUCGAUUUGCAUUAUCCUAAGAGAAGGAGUGGCCCUGGCUUGUGUAGAUGGAGCGAGACAAACGCUGGUAGAAAGAUGGUUCUCUCCAGUUCUCUGUGUUAGAGUUCUGGAAAUGAUACCAGGUGUUGUAAUUCUUUUGGGGGAAAAAUGGAACAAGAAGGGGGCAUUUUUCUCUCACAGCCACAUUUUAUAUCGUCAUUCAAUAUUUGGAGAUUACCAAAUCUGGACUUUAGAUUUUCCUAUUCCUCCAGGAUCAAAGCGCUUUUUUCCCCUUGAACUCUUCUAGCUGCCUACCUGUGUGUCUGCCUAAAUAUGUCACGGUAUACUUGAAGAUUUCUUGGUCCUAAGAACUUAAGGGAGGGCAUGUGAUGUUGCCCAUAAAGAUGACGCCUUUCCUGGUAGUAACAGUUACAGUGAGCAGUUAGGGGGGUCGGGGUAAGUUACAUAGCACAGAUGGCUAGGGAUGUCCGUGUGAGCACAUGUAUGGUGGUACAGUUACGCACAAUGGAGUUCCUCCCAUCCAUCUCCCAGGACUGAUGCUCUGUGAGACUGUGUCUCACUUCUGGAUGUUGAGGCCAAUAUGGGCAUGGAUUUUGUACUUUGCACUGAACAACACUGUGGCUGAAGUACAGUUUUCCUACGUUUGAGUUUUGUUAAAAAUCAGGAGAAAAGCUAAUGUGGGGGUGGGGCAGGGUCUUAAGGCUCCGAACUUGUUCCCUUUGAAAGUCAUCCUCUAUCCAAAGUGUUAGGAUAGUGACAGAGACACAGGGCUUACUUUACACCAGAGACAACAUUUCUGAAAGACAAAAUCUGUGUGUGUUGUCAAGAACAUUUUCUCCGAUAACCUCGGCAUUGACCCCAAAGAGAAAAUGACUACUGUUCCUUUUAGCGCUUGUGUUGAGUAAAGAAGGGAAAAUUUGGGGGGUCGUAAACAUUAACAGGAAGUUGCUUCAGCUCCUCCAGAAAGCUUUCAAUUUUCCCUUUAGAGUAAGAGAAGAGUGUUCCACCGUAUAUUCAUUCCUCAAAGUUGGAGUCCUGACAAGAGAUUGUCCUUCAGUCUGAGGCAGAGUGAGGUUCUGAGCAGUGGCCUGGCCCACUAGCCUCUUGUCACUUGGUAUGAUCAGUUUCCUAGGGUAACCUUUUGAACAUCGUAACGGGACCGCAUUACCCCUCUUGUAACGUGGUUUUGAUUAAAAUAGAACCAAAGUGGGAAAUACAGCCUUGGGUUCAUCCACACACAUGGCUCAGUGGCAGUGGAGACUCUCUCUCUACCUGUCCUGACCAGUGUAGAGAAACGUGGAGUUAGAAAUAAUUGACAAGACAUUCAAAAGCAUGGUCCUAGGGCCAUGCCCAGUCUCCUAGAUCUGAACCUGGAUCCCGAAGACUAGGUGACUUCUCCAAGCCCCCUUUCCCAAGUGUGCCCUGGAUCAGUCCUGGGGAAAGGGAGUUUUUAAAAGGGAGGAGAGAGAGGUGGGGGGAGGGGGCUUAGAAUUUUGAACAGUUUCUUUGCUAAAUUCACCAUCUGGAGAACCCAUGAUUGAUUAGCCUUGGCCUCCCUGUUAAGUGUCAAUAUAAUCAAUGGGAAGUACCAGGCUAGGGUCAUUACAUAGAUCAUUUGCCUGCUGUGUAAAUAAAAGUGAAAUGGUUCAAAUUUGGUGAGAGAGGAAGAACGUGAAAAAAAAAGGAAUGACAAUUUGUUUGUUAGAGAAAGUGGAGGCCACUGGAAUGACAGUUUUUGGAAGUGUGGAGCAGUUUGGCUAAGAAUAGGAAUGAAAGAUAUUUUUUUCCAGUUCCUUGUCGCCAGAGUGAGGAAGCGCCAUUCCCUGUCUUGCUUGCAUACAUUGCCAGUUGUGUCUCCUCUACGUAAAACAGAAAGGGGUUCAUACUCAUCUUAUGGGAGAGAAAACGUACAGGGUUGCCACCAGCAGAGUCUCCUCGGAGGGGACAUGGAUAUGGGCAACCCAGGAACCCUUUCGCCCACCAAACCUGGCUCCCAGUACUACCCAUAUUCCAGCAAUAACGCCCGACGGAGGCCUCUUCACAGUAGUACCAUGGAGGUGCAGACAAAGAAAGUCAGAAAAGUUCCUCCAGGCUUGCCAUCUUCAGUCUACGCUCCUUCAGCCAGCACUGCCGACUACAACAGGGACUCACCAGGCUAUUCUUCCUCCAAGCCAGCAGCCAGCACUUUCUCCAGCUCCUUCUUCAUGCAAGAUGGCCAUCACAGCAGUGACCCUUGGAGCUCCUCCAGUGGAAUGAAUCAGCCCGGCUAUGGAGGGAUGCUAGGCAACUCUCAUAUCCCACAGUCUAGCAGCUACUGUAGCCUGCAUCCACAUGAACGUCUGAGCUAUCCAUCGCACUCCUCGGCAGACAUCAACUCCAGUCUUCCUCCGAUGUCCACGUUCCAUCGAAGUGGCACAAACCAUUACAGCACCUCUUCCUGCACACCUCCUGCCAACGGAACAGACAGUAUAAUGGCAAACAGAGGAACUGGGGCAGCAGGCAGCUCCCAGACUGGAGACGCUCUGGGGAAAGCCCUGGCUUCGAUCUAUUCUCCUGAUCACACGAACAACAGCUUCUCCUCCAACCCUUCAACUCCUGUUGGCUCCCCUCCUUCACUCUCAGCAGGCACAGCUGUUUGGUCUCGAAACGGAGGACAGGCCUCGUCAUCUCCCAAUUACGAAGGACCCUUGCACUCCUUGCAGAGCCGAAUUGAAGACCGUUUAGAAAGACUGGACGACGCGAUUCAUGUUCUCCGGAACCACGCGGUGGGCCCAUCCACAGCUGUGCCCGGUGGCCAUGGGGACAUGCAUGGGAUCAUCGGACCCUCUCACAAUGGAGCAAUGGGCAGUCUGGGCUCAGGAUAUGGAACUGGCCUUCUCUCAGCCAACAGACAUUCACUCAUGGUCGGGGCCCACCGUGAAGAUGGCGUGGCACUGAGAGGCAGCCAUUCUCUCCUGCCAAACCAGGUUCCGGUUCCACAGCUUCCAGUCCAGUCUGCAACUUCCCCUGACUUGAACCCACCCCAAGACCCUUACAGAGGGAUGCCACCAGGCCUCCAGGGACAGAGUGUGUCUUCCGGCAGCUCUGAGAUCAAGUCCGACGACGAGGGCGAUGAGAACCUACAGGACACAAAAUCUUCCGAGGACAAGAAACUAGACGACGACAAGAAGGAUAUCAAAUCAAUUACUAGGUCAAGAUCUAGCAAUAACGAUGAUGAGGACCUGACCCCGGAGCAGAAGGCCGAGCGUGAGAAGGAGCGGAGGAUGGCCAAUAACGCCCGUGAGCGCCUGAGGGUCCGUGAUAUCAACGAGGCUUUCAAGGAGCUGGGCCGCAUGGUACAGCUCCACCUGAAGAGCGACAAGCCCCAGACCAAGCUCCUGAUUCUCCACCAGGCAGUGGCUGUCAUCCUCAGCCUGGAGCAGCAAGUGCGAGAAAGGAACCUGAACCCAAAAGCUGCCUGUCUGAAAAGAAGGGAGGAAGAGAAGGUGUCCUCAGAGCCUCCCCCGCUCUCCUUGGCUGGCCCACACCCUGGGAUGGGAGACGCAGCGAAUCACAUGGGUCAGAUGUGAAAGGGUCCAAGUUGCCACCUUGCUUCAUUAAAACAAGAGACCACUUCCUUAACAGCUGUAUUAUCCUAAACCCACAUAAACACUGCUCCUUAACCCCGUUUUUUUUGUAAUAUAAGACAAGUCUGAGUAGUUAUGAAUCGCAGACGCAAGAGGUUUCAGCAUUCCCAAUUAUCAAAAAACAGAAAAACAAACACAAAAAAAAAAUGAAUGAAAGAAAGAAAGAAAGAGAAAAUGCAACUUGAGGGACGACUUCUUUAACAUAUCACUCUGAAUGUGCGAAGCGGUAUGUACAGGCUGAGACGCAGCCCAGAGACUGAAUGGCAAUCCUUCCACACUGUGGAGCAAUGCAUUUGUGCCUAAACUUCUUUUGGAAAAAAAAAUAUAAUUAAUUUGUAAGUCUGAAAAAAAAUAUUUAAUUUAAAAAAAAUUGUAAACUUGCAAUAAUGAAAAAGUGUACUUCUGAAGAAAAACGACAUGAACGUUUUUGUUGGUAUUCAAGUCAGCUAGUGUUUCUAAUUACCGGAUAUUGAAUAGAGGAAGCCCGGCUACCCUCAUAACAAAACCAGCAACCGUCCUGAUGGCAACCGAAAUGAUGACAUUAGCCAUUCCUUAGGGUAGGAGGGACAGAUGGAUGUUAUAGACCUAUGACAAAUAUAUAUAUAAAUAUAUAUAUAAAUAUAUAUUAAAAAUUUAGUGACUAUGGUAAGCUUUUGUUCAUUUGUUUCAGACUUUUUUCUCCUGUAAAAAAAUAGUACUGAUUAACUUUUUUAAAAGAAAGAUUUUACUGUAAAUAUGGAUUUUUUUUUGUCUGAUUUUUGUCCCUUCCCCCAGUUUGUUAUCGUGACCUGUAGUGCCAACUCUGCUUCCGGAGGGGCAGUGCAGGACGAAAUGCUGACCCUGAUGUUGCUUCUCAUUCAUAAAUAGUAGAAAGUUGUUUCUCCAGUCUUUUGGGAACACAGGACUUAAAAGUCACAUCAUGUGUAGAAAUUACAUGCAGCAUUGCCCGGGCAAGGCAAAAAGAGUUUGUCUGGCUUGUGGCACUGUGCUUGUUACCCUCUCCUGGGAUUUUCAGAGGUACACGGUUAGAAUGCUACAAUGUUACCACUGUGCCUUCCAAUGUUUAUAUCAUCGGAAACAUGACAUAAUCAAAGUGGCUGUGAUUUAACAAAAAAAAAAAAAGAUUCAAGUGUUACCUACCUGUGUAGCGGAAGUAGUGUGCAGUGAGACGUUUCUGAAUACAUGGUCAGAUUUUUUUUGGAAAAAAUACAAAAACAAAAAAAAAAAACAAAAAAAUUUAAAAAAAAAAGUCAAGUUCAAAAACCGUCAAAUGAGAAAAUCGCAAGGAGUGUGACAGCUGAUUGAUUUUGUUGCUUUUCUUGAUUUUUUUUUUUUUGUUUCCAAAUGGGUUUACUAAAAAGUACAUGACUUACCUGCCUCCUCCUUCGUCUGAAAACAAAAAACAAAAAAACAAUGCCAACCUAUCCCACAGCAUUAUAGCAAGCCUUAUAAGCCCUAAAGCAUUAAGUUGCACUUUGGUGAGGAGGGGUAGCGCAGUAUUCUCUCUGGCCAGUAUGAGUGAAGUUUAUACUUAACAUUUGAUAGAAACAUAGAUCAAACUGUGGCACAGUAACUCAUCAGAUAGCUAGCGUUGACUCUGGGCACAAUUGAACCAAUUCCCAUCCUAAAUCUUUCCAACAAUUGACUUUGGUGUACAGUGCAGUGAACACAUAGAACUCCUACUUAAGUAUUCGUCAGCAUCCUUUUGUCUCUAACUCGGUUCUGUUUUGACAGCCACACAAUCUUGGCAUGUAUUAAGUAAAAAAAAAAAAAAAAUCCCUGUUGAAGUAGUUUUCCCACCUAUCAGCACUGAGUAAUUGCCGUAACUCAAUGGAAAUGGUCUAAACGCCCCCCAUCUCUUGUCCUGUACCACCAGUUACACAGUGACAAAACACAUCUGUAAAUUUUAUGCAACCAAUGGCAAACCUAUCAUUAUUUUGAAACUGUGUAUGUAAAAGUUAUAUUUUUACAUGUAGACUCUUGUUAUUAUGUGUUUUAAUACAUUGUAUCAGUUUUUUGUUUCCUUUUUUUUUUAACUGUGUGGUUUUAAAAAGUCAUUUAAAUGAAAUAGCGAGCUACAAGAAUCUGAAAUUUAUGUUCAUUUCUGAAAAUGUAAGAACAAAUAAGAUAGUUAUCACGUGGUCACCUUUUACAAACCCAUCGAUGUUUUGACUAGCUGUGUGUAUGUGUGUGUGUGCGCAUGUGUGCGUGUGUGUGUAUGUGUGUUGAAAACUGUAAAUAUGUUCAGUAGCGAUAAAACGACAAUGCUUUGAUUUGUUGAGAAGUUCCUAAAAUGUGGAGGUGGAUUGAAAAUGUAGGGGAAUAGCAGAAAUCAGAUUUCAUGAAGAGCUCUUCUCUUCGGGGGCUUUCCUGUGGAAUGGUCAAACAGAGGUGCUCCAAGAAGGGCAAGGAAGACAGUAACUUCCCCUCCUCCCUGAACGACGGAAACCAUGUGUACGUGGUCUCUCACCAUGUUAAAGAUUUUCUUUCCGUGAUACAUUCUGCACUCUUUUUGUAUAGUCUACCAAGGCGGGUAUCCCUGGGAACAAUAUUAUGAUAUAGGAAGCAGUAUACUCUGAUCACAUUCAGGAGAAUUGUAUAGAAGAGAAUAUGGUGUUUACUCUUUAGGGAACUGGAAAUUCUCCCUGCAUUGAUGUACAUCUUCAGAGCGGCCCUUUUGAUACACGUUAUCAUAAAGGUGCUGACUAAAGCAGAAUUAAAGUUUUUCAAAUCUGUAAACAAAGCAAAAAAUUAAAUUACAGUCAUUCGAUUGUUUGUUUUUUUUUUUUUCCAAUUGGUGCUUUUAUAUUUUGUUCUCACUCAGACAGAAAAGGCUGCAAUUUCUUGUUCACCAGCUUUGAUGUAUUCAUUACUCGGUAAUGUAAUACGGCUAUUGUCAAAUUCCUUUUGGAAAUAAGCAAAAGGCUUCCCCAAGGCCUGCAGCAGCUGCUGGCUACUUUCUGCUUGGCGCAGAAACAUGAUCUGACCCUCUCUGUAGUAAUCGAGUUGUAUCUCCAGUUUUAAAAAGAAGGAAAAAGGGAAUGUGGCCGUUUUAAUGUGUUUUUUUUUUUCUUUUCUUGUUGUUAUUUUGUAAUUCUCAAACCCAGGUAAGAUAUUGGUAUUCCUGCACUGGAUUUUUGAAAGAAACUUAGCAGAAGACAGGAUCGAGAUACUAUAGAAGCAUUUCCCAAGUGUUCAUACUAUACUAGACAUAAAUGAUAACGGCGAUGUAUAGGUUCAGGAUCGGUUUAAGAGACUCAGACUUUGAAAGCAACUUGGAACGGUUGAUCCACCUCCACAUUCGAGUAAUUAAUAAUUCUGCAGAAUUAGGGAUCUGUCCAUCUAGGAGUUGUUACCCAUUUGUCUUCUGUGUGGCUGCGAGGAACACUAACGCUUUUACAACUGUCAGUUCACCCAGUGGUACAACUGAUUCUGACUCAGUCUUCCGAUUCCUGUUUUGUAUUUUGUUUUUCCACUUUUUUCCUAUCUCUUGAUUUUAUUGUUGUUGUUAUUGCUAUUGUUAUUAUUAUUAUUCGUGAUCUUUAUUUCGAUGAGGGGUUGGGAAGUGGGAGGGAGUCGAACUGAGACUAGGGGUUGAGAGGAUUUUUUUGGUUUGGUUUUCUUUUCUUUUUUUUUUGUUUUUUUUUUUUUUUGUUUGUUUGUUUCAUCUUUGCGUCCAACAGGCAGAAUAUGGUCUGUGUCCAAAACGGAACUUAAGUCAGGAAGGAAACCAUUCAGCGUAAACAAGCACAACAUGUAGUCUGUCGGCUGUCUGGAAGCAAAAAUAAAUUAAUAAAUAAAUAAUAAAUAAGUAAAAGACACACACGGAGGUGAAGAUGAAAUGUGAUGGAUUCCGAGACAAUGGGGCACCAAGGCCUGUAGGCCUCCUCUUGAUUUUGCUUUGGUUAUGUUUGUUUUCCUUAGAGAUGUUUUUUUCCUCACGGGACUUGAAGUGACUCAUCUCUGUGCAGUAAUGGUUUCGCCAUAUGCUCAUUUCAAGUAUUAUAGACAUAUGUAAUGGUGAAAUAUAUGAACUGUGGCCUUUUUCAUUCUUGUUAUUUGUGAUGCAAUUAAGUGAAGAGAAGAAAAAAAAAAGCAGAGAUUUACCAUGUAUCAGUGCCUGGCUUUUUGUUAUAAAGCUUCGUCUGUCUAGUGCUCUUUUUGCUAUAAAAAUAGACUGUAGUACACCCUAGUAGGAAAAAAAAACCCUAAAUUUAAAAAUAAAAAAAUAUAUUUGGCUUAUUUUUCGCAGGAGCAAUCCUUUUAUACCAUGGAUAUUACAAAAAAAAAAAUUGUCAGAUUCUGAAUAUUUCUUCUUUGUAGAUUUUUGGAAUCAUUAUAAGUAAAAGUUUGUUACUUUAUUUUACUAUUUAAAAGAUGUUAUUUUGCCAUGUGUUACUGAGAUGAAACUGUAUGGUAUAGCUUCUUCUGUUCGUUUUUUGUUUCCGGUUUUUUGUUUGUUCGUUUUUGGUUUUUUUUUUUUUUGUUUGUUUGUUUUGUUUUGUUUUUUUUUCUUAGUUGUAGGUCGCAGUAAGGACUUUUCCUUUUGUUUUUGUUUUUUCGUUAUGUUUUGUUUUGUUUUUGCGACUGUACACAUAGCUGCAGCAUUAAAAACUUUUAAAAAAAUCUGUUAAAAAAAAAAGAAAAAAAAGGGAAAACGUUUAAAAAAAAAAGAUAAACAGUUACACCUUGUUUUCAACGUGUGGCUGAGUGCCUCGAUUUUUUCAUGUUUUUGGUGUAUUUCUGAUUUGUAGAAGUGUCCAAACAGGUUGUGUCCUGGACUUCCUUCAAGAGGCGAACAACCCAGCUUGGUCUAGGCCAUGACCUGUUCCCAUCUGUAGUUACUCGAUGAAGUCAUGUACAUGACCGUUCUGUAGCAAUAAAUGUGCCAUUUUUAUAAA